UGCACAUUUUCUGUAUGAAACCAUCUCUAACUACAGAUACCAGCAUCAUCUCUCACUUGCUGCAAUGGAAAUGCCUUCACUCCUCUUUCUGUGCCUUGUGGCAGCAUUUUCUGUCCGUGCUGUCCAUGGACGAACCUUAGAGCUCAGCAUGGACGAUGAGGAUGCAGAUGACGUGGACAUGGAAUUCUCGAUGGAGGAAAGUGGGUUUCCGGGAAAGUGUUGGGCUUGUGAGUGGAUUGUUAAGAAGAUGAAGAAAUUUGCAGGACCAAACGCCACUGUAGAGAGCCUGACGGCAAAGUUUCAUGCUAUCUGCGAUGAAAUUGGACUCUUAAAAUCACUGUGCCGCAAAUUUGUGAAGGUCCACCUUGGAGUCUUAAUUGAGGAAGUCACAACUACUGAUGAUGUGUGGACCAUUUGUGUCAACACGGGAGCAUGCAAGGCAGAGGAAGUGGACCUGUUCUUUUAUCCAAAGGAGGGAGGUCCAGACACUGAAAUUAAGGAGUUUCAAUGACCUCACAUGCAUGAAAAAAAAAUCAUCAAACUUUAUUCCAAAAAUAAUUGACAAGAGCUAGCUCCCACACUUUAAAGUAUCAUCACUUUUCUCCUUCAAAACAGCUUACCUUUAUUUCUUUUACAAUGCCUGCAAUUGUACUUUCCAUUCUUCUAUCUCUGCAGAGCUUACAAAAUAAACAGAUUAAAUCAUUA